AUGCAGCUAUUUAGCAAUCAAAUUAACUUUUAAAAUUAGAAAAAUGGAGAAUCCCCAUAGCAGUAAAGAAAAAACAUAACAGAAGUAAGCUUUGCUAACAAAUAAGAUGACCUAUUUAAUUAGGCAUCUAAUUUUAAAUUGAUAAAUAACUAAACUGAUGUAAAAUAAAAUAACAUUCAUUCUAUUGGCUUGCAAUAAAAGGAUAGCAUUUUUAAUUAAAAUCCUCUCUCUUUCAGAAAGGAAUUCUGUAAUUAAAAAUUUUAAAAAGAUUUUUUGAAUAUAUACAACAAUGAUUUGGAGUUAAUACUUGAUUAAUUUAUGAUUUGCGACUAGAAAAAUAAAAGCUUGAAGGAAGUACUGGCAGAGAGGUAUUAACCAGAGAGCUACAACAAAAUAAUUUAACUCUUGUUGAAGAAAUUAGAUGAAAAUUCUUCACUCAAUUCAAAUACAAUAACAAACGACUAAAUGUUCAGCUAGGAGCUAAUUUAUGACUGUCAAUACAACAGCCCAUAAAGCUAAACAAAUGUAAAUUAUCACACCGAAGAUGGAAUCAAAGAAGAAAGCAUAAAAAAGCAAAAUGUAUAAAAAAUGAAAAACAAUAACAACAUUCAAGAAUAAAAAUAUAGAAUUCACAUCUUGGAAACAUAUUGGGAUGAUAGUUUUUCAGUCGUAAUAACUUUCUAAAACAUAUCUGAAAAGAUUAAUAACUAAGAACUUAUUAAAGAAAAUCAAUAUAAAGAUUAGCUUCUAUUCACAAUAUCUCACGAUUUAAAAACUCCUCUAAAUGGUAUGUAAUCAAUACUCUAAGCAGCUCUACUCAAAGACAAUGUUGAGCAAAUUAAAAAGAUGAUCUAGCUAGUUCAAGUAAAUGGGGAUCUCCUCAAUUAUCUAAUCAAAGAUAUUCUAGAUUAUGCUUAAGUGAUCCACAAAAAGAUAAAACCACGCCCAAGUUACUUCAACCUCCAAAACACUCUAUAACAAAUUAAGCAAACCUUUCUCUAUUAAAUACAAGAAAAAGGAUUGAAGCUAAAUAUUGUGAAUAAUUUAAGUAAUAGCUUUUUAUAUACAGAUGAAAUUCGUUUGAAAUAAAUUAUUUUUAACUUUGUUUCGAACGCUCUAAAGUUUACCUUCUAAGGGUCGAUCACUAUCAAAGUAGAGGAGGUAAAUGAUUGCGGAGAAAUAGAAGAUGAACUAAAUAAUGACCCAGACUUCACUUAAUCUCUUAAUAUUCAAAUCAAUAAUAACCAAGCAUUUUAUAAUGUAAACAAUAUCAACAACCUAAGCAGCAAUAAGCUGAAUAUUCAAUAAUUAAAUUAUUACAACGAUUUUGACUCUAUUGUUGAAAAACAGACAGGCUUCGAUGAAGAACUUCUAAACUAACAAAAUAUUUAAAAUCUCUAUUCACCUAAUUUUCCUUCUAAUUCUAACUUUCUUACAAAUUAAAAAGACUCAAAACUAUUUUAAACACCACAACUAAUUUCCAAUCCAAUUUAAGCAAGAAUAAAUAGCACACCUAUUAGUCAACGAGAGUUCAACAAAAAACACAAUGUAAAUUUAACAAAGUACUGUUUUACAAACAAUAUAGAAUAAUUUAAGAAGUAAAUAAAUAAUGAAUAACUUUAAAAUAACUAAAUUGCAAAUGAAAAUUAAAACGCAGUUAUAGACAUCCCAAAUAAAAAGCAGAAUUAUCAUGCAAUUUUCGAUUAAUCAAGCAUUGCUCAAUAGCAUCAAAGUUAGUUGAGAAAAAGCACUAGACUUUAAAAGUAAAUUACUAAUUAAGUUACUCAUUCGCUAAGAAAUAGUAAAAACACAUAACUAUCUCCAAGUAACACACCAGAUUAACCAGAAAAAUUAUUACAACAACAAAAUCUUUAGAUAGAAAUCGAUAAUGAAAGUCACAAAAGCUUAGCUAUUAAGACGAUGAAUAAUUAUAAUAUCUAGUAAUAAGAUUAAGAGAAUGAGAUCAUCUAAAUCACAGUUACUGACACUGGCUUAGGAAUGGAUAAAGAUCUGCAGAAGUAACUUUUUAGCAUGUUUGGAACAUUCGAAUAGAAAGGUGUCAACAAAGAAGGAGUCGGGUUAGGCUUGAUUAUCACUUAAUCCCUAAGUUAAUUGCUAGGCCCUAAGAAAGACAAUAUUAAAGUUAAAUCUAUAAAAGAUUAAGGCAGCUCAUUUUCAUUCAAAAUAUAUCGUCGUUUAUAAUAAGUCGACUCUCCUAAACGCAAAGCUAACACUAUCCUUUCAAGUAAUAAGCAGCAAAAUCUAUUAGGAUAAAAUUAAAAAUACGGAUUAAAUUUGAAAAACAACUUGGAGUUGAAUAUAGAUGACAAUGAUUAAGAAAUAACUACUGCUAUUAAUCAAAAUGACACCUAAAAGAUAUGCGAUUUCAUAUAAAAUCUUCUCACCAGACCGUAUAAAAUGCUAAUAGUUGAUGAUGUUUAAUUCAACAUAUCAGUAUUCAAAUGUAUGCUUCAUUAGCUACAAAAUGUAACUUUUGACCAUGCUUACAAUGGUCAGCAAGCAAUUGAUAAGCUUAAAAAAAAUAAUUAUGACAUAGUCUUUAUGGAUAUAAAUAUGCCUGUUAUGGAUGGAAUAUAAGCAACAAAAUAAAUAAGAAUACUAAUUUAAUAAAAGCUAGUCUAACCAACAAUAAUUAUAGCACUCACAGGCGAUGAUAUAGAUUCUGAUUCAAAUAAAUUUAGCUCUAAAGGAUUUAAUGCUGCCCUCUCAAAGCCGAUAAAAUUAGAAGACUUGUAUUUUGUUUUAAAAAAUUUGAAACUCUCUUGA